AUGGCUUCUAAACCUAAAUCGGAGGAGGAUUUAACCUGUCCUGUGUGCUGUGAGAUCUACAACGAUCCUGUUGUUUUGUCCUGUAGUCACAGCGUCUGUAAAGACUGCCUGCAGCUGUUCUGGAAUAACAAAGGAUCUCAGGAAUGUCCGGUUUGCAAAAGACAAAACAAUAUAGAUCCUCCCAGGAAUCUGGCUUUAAAGAACCUGUGUGAGGCCUUCUUACUGGACAGAGACCAAACUAAUUCGACGGGAUCUAAGGAUCUCUGCAGUCUGCACAGUGAGAAACUCAAACUCUUCUGUCUGGAGGAUAAACUGCCCAUAUGUUUGGUGUGUCGCGAUUCAAAAAAACAUAAAAAUCAUGACUGCUUCCCCAUAGAGGAAGUCCUGCAAGAUCUUAAGGAUGAUCUCAAGACUGCGCUGAAGCCCCUGCAGGAAAAGCUGCAGAUCUUUGAAAAAGCCAAGCUUAGCUGUAAUCAAAUAGCAAGACACCUCAGGGUGCAGGCACGAAAGACAGAGAGGCAGAUUAAAGAGGAGUUUGAGAGGCUUCACCAGUUUCUACGAGAUGAAGAGGCAGCCAGGAUCGCUGCACUGAGGGAGGAAGAAGAGCAGAAGAGUCAUAUUUUGAAAAAGAGGAUUCAAGAGCUGGAAAGAGAUAUAUCAUCUCUUUCGGACACAAUUAAGACAAUAGGAGAACAGUUAAAAGCUAAUGAUUUGUCCUUCUUACAGAAUUUCCAGGGCACUAUGAAAAGAGCCCAGUGCACACUGCAGGAUCCUCAGAUGCUUUCAGGAGAACUGAUCCAUGUGGCAAAUCACCUGGGCAACCUGAAGUUCAGAGUCUGGGAGAAGAUGCAGGAGAAUUUUCAGAUUCAGGACAUGAUUCUGGACCCCAACACUUCUCACCCACAACUCAUCCUGUCUGAGGAUCUGACCAGUGUGAGAUUCAGUGAUCAGUGCCAGCAGCUACCUAAUAACCCAGAGAGAUUUGAUAGAUAUUUUGGUGUUUUAGGCUCCGAGGGCUUUGACUCAGGCACACACUGCUGGGAUGUUGAUGUUGGGGGUAGUACACGCUGGGCUUUGGGCAUUAUAACAGAGUCUGUCAAGAGGAAGGGAAACUCUUUCUCUAGUGGAGUGUGGAGAUUGUGGUCCUAUGAUGGUCAUUGUAAAUCACAGUCCCCGACUCAGGCAGAGUUACAGCCUCUUCUCACAGUGAAUGAGAAACUGCAAAGGGUCAGAGUUCAGCUGGACUGGGACAGAGGAAAACUGACAUUCUUUGACCCUCUUAAAAACAAACACAUACUUACUUCUACACACACUUUUACCGAGAAAGUCUUUCCACUCUUUUGGAAUUAUUGUAAACUGUCUCCUCUGAGUAUUCUACCAGUGCAGACUUCUGUAACAGCGAAUCAGCACAGUUAG